GUGUUUGGAAACACGACCUUCCUCUUCUAAAGUCCCGUAUGACGAGCUGCAGAGACAUUUCUAGAAUAAACACUGACCGAACUUUCACUGUUUGUUAGUGGUUUAGCGCUGAUUUUAUUCCCGUCUUUCCUCACGUUGUUUCAGUCAGAACAGUUUUAUUCGUUUCUGAAGAACAUUAUUGUGAAUAGCAUCAGCUUUAGCCCGAGUCUACAUCGAGUGAGAAGAAGAGUGGAAAUGGACGAGGGAGAUUCGCAACAAAAGACGACCAGUCUGCUCAUCAAAACGCCCAACGAGGCUCAGGAGGACCAGAUAAUAGAAGGGGUCCACUUGAGGUGGACCGUGAAGGACCUGAAGACGUAUUUGUCGACUGUCUACAAAACCAAACCGGCCGUGUGCGACCAGAGGCUGAUCUUCGCUGGCAAACUGCUCCCAGAUCAUCUACUCAUCAAAGAGCUCUUCAGACAGCAGACUGGCGUCAUUCACACGCUGCACCUGGUGUGUGCGAUGAGGAACCCACCUGAAGGAGCGCUGAGAGCUGGCGCCAAGACCAAAGAGGCAGAUCAAGCACGUCCUUCUGGUCUGAGGUCUUCUGCAGCUCCGCUGGUUCAGAACCCGAGCACGCCAGAGCUGAGGCAGAGGAGGCAAACAUCGUCGUCGUCGUCUGCUUCUCCAACCCCAGCAUCUCCACAGGAAAGUCCUGCACGGCCCACUCCGACCACGCCUGGAGCAUCACAGCUGACACACCCAGCCUUUCCCCACUUCUCCCUGUACAGCCCUCAGCAGCUGCUGUGGCUCCAACACGUCUACGCCAGACAGUAUUACAUGCAGUACCACGCAGCUCUGGCAGCAGCGGGGUCUGCUCCAUCAACACCUGCAGCAACCUUUGGUCCGUACCCACAUGUCCCCGCCCACCAAGUACCCGUCCCAGCUCCCAUAGCCAAUCAGAACCCCAUCGACAACCUGCCGGCGAAUCAGAACCCCGUGCAGGACGCCGCCUUCAUCAAUCCUGGGGAGGCCAACCAGAACAUGCGUAUGAACGCGCAGGGUGGGCCGGUGAUGGAGGACGAGGAGGACGUGGAACGCGAUUGGCUGGACUGGCUGUACUCGGCAGCGAGAUUCGGCGUUCUGCUCAUGAUCGUGUAUUUCAACUCCAGUCUGAGUCGCUUCCUGCUGGUGAUGAGCACGCUCUUCUUCAUGUACCUACACACCGUUGGCUGGUUUCGCUUCAGAAGGCCAGCAGCUGUCCCCGGGCCCAACCUUCAGCAGCCUCCCGAGGUCCAGCACAACCAGCAGAACGAGGACAGGAACCAAGCCCUAAAUCCAGCUGAUGAGGCGGCUGAACAGGUGGAAGAACCUGCAGCAGAAGGAUCAGAGGAACCAAUGGCAGCCGUCUUAGUUCCUCCUCACAGAGUAUCGCUGAUGUGGACGGCCUGGGUGUUCUUUAAAACCUUCUUCUCCUCUCUGAUACCUGAAGCUCCUCAGGGUCUGGCCCACUGAGCAGCUUUCCUGUAGUAAAGCUUGCUGACGUGUUACCAGCUGCUGUGAUUCUGCUGUUAGAGGAAAACCACAUUACCGCCUUAAAAAAGCAGCGGUUUAGUCACCAACAAGGACCUAAACCUGGUCACCAGUCCAGGCGGGUAACAAACGCUGCUCUGGGGCGUUUCUGCUUCAUCACACAGCCUUACAGGAAACAGGAAGUGACUAAAUGUGCACCUGUUGGGUUUCAACCACUUCCUGUGAGGUUUAUGCACACACUUGUGUUCUGGUUUCUUUAGAUUAGAGGCCUGUUUUCCAACCGUCUCACGCUGGUGGCUUCCUGAGAGAAACGUGGCAGCAUCUGUUAGAGUAGGGCACGUGUUGUUUAUCCCUGAUGGUUCAAAGAAAACAUUUUAACAAGGAUAAAUAUCAGAAAAGCUAAACUUUGCUGUCUGUUUAGCGCUUUAAUAAAACGGCUGAUUAGGCAGAACAAGGAAACCGGAGCUGGAAGCGAUUCAGUUUGAUUCUUAGUUUUGUGAGUUAAUUUGUGACCAAAUGUUCUUCCAGGUCAGAUUUUAAAAGCAGAGUUUUGUAAAUAAAUGUGUGCACAAGGCACUUUACAGCAGUUAUUUUAUAGAGUGGAGAGGUGACGUAAGAGAAUGCCUUUGGAGGGUAAAUAUUCAGUAAAACUUGCAGGUCGGGACACAUUUUAUUUCCAAACAGAAGGUCUUUUGUGGAUGCUCCGGGCAGUUUGGUCUCAUCAGGAUUUUUUCUGGUUACAUAUUUCAUUAACAUUCCAGAAUGAAGCUAAAUGAUGAAACGGCUCAGACUUCCUUCGUCCUGCCAUGUUUGUUCCCCGGUGUGAUGCAUGAGAUCCGUAACUGACUGUAAUCUGUCACCUGGCUUAAACAACUGCAUGGAUUUAGUUCUGUACAUGUAAAUACCUGGGUUUUGAUUCCCAGAUUAUUAAAGCUGUAAUCUCUCAUUCCCUUUGGAGGAAGGGCAAUAAAUUGUGACGUUGGUCACUGUGUAUAUAAAAAUGUAUUUUUAACGUCCAUCUGUGAACCUUUUUAACUGUACAACCAUCUCUUGAGGAUUUGCAGUAAUGGAAACAAUAAAUGUUCUUAAAUGAUCA